AUGGUGCGAAGGCGGCGCUGGGGCCCUGGUUUUGACCCCUACCAGGGUGAGGCUGGUGCCAGCAUUAUUCGAGUGUCGAAAGAAGCCCGGAAGAGGUUCUUGGGCCCCCUCCACCCCUCUUUCAACUUGGUGAAGAUCAUUCGGCUCUGCCUGUCCAAGACAGUGCCAGAGAAUGGGCAUGAGGUUGCAGCAGGACGUUUGGGUAUUUCCCUGACACGGGUCUCCGAUGGAGAAAACGUGAUACUGUCAGACUUCAAUUCCAAGGAGGAGCUGAUCCAGGCCUGUGUCUGCAGCACCUUUAUCCCUGUCUACUGUGGGCUGAUACCUCCAACCUUGCGCGGAGUGAGAUAUGUUGAUGGAGGGAUUUCUGACAACUUGCCACGGUAUGAGCUGAAGAACACCAUCACGGUGUCUCCGUUCUCAGGAGAGAGCGAUAUCUGUCCAAGGGACAGUUCCACAAACAUGCAUGAGCUGAGAGUCACCAACACAAGCAUCCAGUUCAACCUUCGCAACCUCUACCGCCUCUCGAAGGCCUUGUUUCCUCCGGAGCCGCAGGUGCUGCGGGAUAUGUGCAAGCAGGGCUACCGGGACGCACUGCACUUCCUGAAGAGGAAUGGUCUCCUUCAUCGUCCAAGUCCUGCCCGUCCUCUCCUUGCCAUAGAAGCCCCCCCAGGAGAGAAGAAAGAGGAAGAAACAGAAGCUGAGGACCAACUAGAGGACAACACCGCCCUUGCUGUUGUUGAAGAGCACAUCUUUGAACACUUGCCUCCCAGACUGAACCAAGCUCUUCUGGAGGCUUGUGCUGAAAGAAGAAGUUUCUUGACCGGAAUCACCAAUAUGUUGCCUAUACGUGUGGCCACGGCAAUGAUGGUCCCCUAUAUGCUGCCUCUGGAGUCUGCUGUUUCCUUCACUGUCAGGUUACUGGAAUGGCUCCCAGAUAUCCCUGAGGAUAUUAGAUGGAUGAGGGAGCAGAUGACUGAAAUCUGCAACUAUCUUGUGAAGAAAGCCAAGAAGAAACUGGGCAGCCAUCUUUCAGCCAGGCUCUACUAUCACCUUGAGCUUGGAAGGCCCCAGAGCCUGCCAAUUUCUUCUGCAUCAGCUUGUGGUGAAGCACUGCCUGUGUGGAUGAGAAACAACCGUUCCCUGUCUGAUGUCAUGAUGAAGUGGGAGGAGUACCAGCGCCAGAUCAUGCUGGGUUUACUCUGCAUCAACGUGGACAUGCAGGCCUCCCUCUUCCCUCAGGAAGGGUUUCAGAUAAAGCUUCCACCUCUAGACUGUGCGAAAGAGUGCCUGCCACUCUUCUGAGCCUGCUGCCGUGAGGGGGUACGGGUGGGUGGGAAGGAAGGGGAGCGGGCAUAGGGUGGGACCAGUCUCAUUCCUCAGCAGCAGGCUGCUCUGUGCUCCUGAAUGUGCUGAAAAGGGGAUUUCCCCAGGAUGGAGACUGGUGGAAUCAACUGUAGCCAUUUGUUGCCCACUGGGCCAAGCAAGGGAUCUCUGUAUUCAGACACCUGUGGGCCGGUACCUUGCUGCAGACUUGUGUUGAGGCCUGGCCAUUGCCUGUCGCCAGGCUGAUGCUGACCCAGCUGGGCUCUCCCAAAUAACGCACUUUGAAUUGCCAUUGGCUUUUUACUGCCAAAUAAUCAGGACGUAGAUGACGCUCUCAAGUUCAUACAGCUUUUAGCUUCCUUUGGUUUUUAGAGCGUGAGUCUUGUUUUUUUUCUUAAAUCAUCUGACAUCCCCUCAGCUUUUUGUGCUACUGAAAGAUGAAGUAGCCUCUUGCCAAA